CAUUCUUCCCCGCAAUUAUGCUCCUCAACGUUGAUAUUAAUGACACGGGAACAAAUUAGCGGCGCAUUCUUUGUCGAGACCAAUUCGCGCGAUACAGCUCCGUCCUGUAAUCAUGAGCAUCUCGUUUCUUUUUUUGUGUAACGCGGAGGAGACGAGAACGGUCGAUCCCUUUCUCCCGGCGCGACCGGGAGAGACGACAGUUGGGUGGCAAUUGGCCGACAGUUGGUUGUCAUUCCUCGUGCGAAUCGCUUUGCCUACUUUUUAAACGCCACUCGUGUUGUCCCGUUCGUGACUACCGCAUUGUAUCAAAAGAAACGCUCAUGGAUUUGAAGCUUUUCACGGUGAUCAUCUUGGCGGUGUUGAGCGGCACUUCGGGGUCCGCCGUCCUGUCGCUGGUCCACGACCUCGUGCAAAACAACGUAGCGGGUUCCCCGGUGAUCCACGAGAAAACCCAGUGGAACUUUGAUCCCGACCUUGGGAAGCAGAGGAGGGUCCUGUACGAACGUCUGAACGGUCGCAUGGGGGAGGACGAGAUCGAGCGUCUUGGCUCUGGGAUUGGAUACAAAGGACCUUGGGGAACGCCGGUCCAGUGAGCGGCUCGAACUUUGGAUCUUCCA